UGGGCCACGUGGAUGAGGUGGCGCAUGAGCCGCACAGCUCCGAGCUCACGUCUCCGAGUUCAGGUUGGGUCGAAGCCACGAACCGAUCGCCGCGCAACUUUGACAUGGGAUAUUCGAGGCUGUUGCCUGCUUCUGCUCCUAUGCCUGCCUCGAGGAUGAUCACAUUCAGAGUCCAAGGCAUACCGUUUGAGUGGUCAUGGGAGGAGCUGGCGCUGGCCAUUGUGGAAUCCCCGUCAACCAUGACCGGGACGCUCUUGCCAGCGCCGGACCCAAGUCUGAAGAGCCAGGUCGCUGUUGUUCAAUUCUCUGACGCGAUCCCGACUUUCCUAAAGCCAGUGGUGGAUGACAGAACCGGCCAGACAACCUCGCAUGUCCGUGUUAACGGCGCCGAUAUACGAUUCGAUAAGAACUUUUGGGGCAUGACGCCCCUUGUCUCUCCGGACCCAGAGGAGGAUGUCUCGAUGGACAUCGUUGCUGUGACCGGGCUUGACGGUAACGCGUACGGAUCCUGGGCGAGCAGAGAGGUCAACGUCAUGUGGCUCCGAGACUAUCUCAAGGACGACAUGCCAAAAUGCAGAGUGCUCACCUUUGGAUACAACACGAAGCUCACCAUCAACAAUAACUAUCGCUUUGAAGAUUUCUGUAAGGAGCUUCUGAGCCAACUUAGCCUCUCUAGGUCCUCAGAUAUGGCUCGAUAUCGGCCGCUGGUACUCGUCGGUCACAGCUAUGGAAGUAGGGUCAUCGCCCAGAGUCUCUGCCAAUGCAAGCGCUCAGAUAAUCCUGACCUCAAUGCAACACUGACCGCCACCUGCGCCGUGGUGUUCUUCGGAGCAGUCCACAGGGGGAUGGAGGCCAGCGACAUAGAAGAGUAUCUUCGCGAUGCGUUUCCCGAUCCAAGAGCACGACUGCAGAUUGUGCAGCAGCUCAGCGUCGAUAACAAUGUAGCGCUGAAGGAGCUGCAACACUUCAUCGACCUCUUCCCCCGAUUCCCAGUCAUCUCCAUCUACGAGCGGCGCCAAAGCCGAAAACUGGUGAAGCAAGAGUCCGAAAAUCCGACUGCAAGGGCGAUCGAGAAAACGUGGAAGCGCGUUGGCGAGCCGUACACACCAACAACCGAGCAUUCCGCUCUGCUGGGACUCCCUGCCAGCCUGGAGAUCUCGAUACCGAGCGAUACGGACCACUCGGGUAUCGCAAAGUUCAGUCAUAAGUCGGACAACGUCUAUCGAGAGCUUCUAAGGCAUCUGAGGAAGGUACAGGCAGAGGUAGACCUGAAUGCCUUCCCAUAUACUCCGCUGCUCCGAGCAAAGCCCUUUUCCGGAUUAGGAUUACGCAUGGAGAAGCUUGUCUCGGACAUGAUAUUCUCCGAAGCGGAAUCCGAGUUGCUCGAUGCAGCUGAUGCAGCGACGCGGACCGCGCGCUAUCAACUCACCCUCCUGGACAAGGCCAGGAAUAGCAUGGACCUUGGGCAAGACAGACACAGACAAGCCAGGACGGUGGUCUUAAAGUUGAAGCAACUCUUGGUUGACCUCAUUGGGGCGCUAGAACUUGUCUCCUCCCACCGGGAUCCCGGUUCUGGUCCCCCGCAUCUCCGUUUUGACACGCUACCAUCCAGUACUGCCGAGACGCUCAGGGCUCUUAUCCCAGCCCUCGGAGAAUUGAAUAGCCAGCUUGAAAGGCUAACUGCACGGUCAGCCAGCGGCUCGUCGCUCCUGUCUGCCUUGGCCGUCCCGAAUAUGAAGGCGGAAGUGCUGGGGAGGAUGGCUACCGCUUGGGCAAGGGACGGCCGGCCUGGACAAGGCGCUGCUGUGGAGUGGGUUCCUUUUGAGUGCCUGUAUUUUCCGGUCGGGUCGGCACCCGAGGACGCUCGAGAUUCGGUAGGCUGGGUCCAGAGGGUGGUGAACCUGUUCACAAAGGCGGAUGCCAAGACCCUUAAGCUACGAGCGCGAAGGUUCGGUGUCCUUCAGCGCAAUGGCGGGCCGCUCGAAAAGGUCAUGGUGGAGUUCCGACCAUACCCCUUGAGCAUCAGAGUCGGUAAGCAGCCGGGAGAGACGGGAGGGGCCCCACAAGUGGCCGCCGAUGAGUAUCAGGCCAGAAAAUGGGCCCUGACAAGCCUCGCCCGGAUGCUGCUCUCGUCAGACGCCGGUCCCGAGACGACCCCCGGUUCGAGGUUUCCGAGUGUUCCGUUCCGGUGCCUAUCCGACAUGUCGGCUUCGUCGACGCCAAGUUUCGCGAUGGUCUUCUCAGCCGAGGGGCUGUACGCCUUGCCCGAAAUCAUGCAGCGACAGUUGCCCGCGCCCUCCAUCGCCCAGCGUGUCGAGCUAGCCCUGUCGUAUGCCCGAGCGCUGGCUGCUCUGCACGUGGCGGAUAUCGUCCACGGCAGCUUCAACACCGACAACCUCUUUUUGCGAUUCACGGAUGCAGAGCAUGAUGCCACGCGACAUACCGGCAUGCGACCUAUCACGGAAGCCGACGCCCUGCUUGCCGGCUUCGAGACGGCCCGCAGCCUUGGUGGUUUUUCGGAUAAGCUAGAUGUAGAGGAUGCGGACAUUAGGGUGUAUUUGCAUCCGGAUCGCCUCGCACUGGGAUCGGCAAAGAAUGCGCAGCGGCCUGCCUACGAUGUCUUCGGUCUUGGUAUGGUCUUGACGGAGAUAGGCCGGUGGGAGCUCCUCCGCUCUCUCCCCGGCUAUCCUCCGCCAUGGCAGUCCGACAGGGUUCGACAACAAUUUUGCCGGUCCCAGAGGCACCACUUUUCCGGCGACACCACACCCGAGAAUUUGGGAUCACUAUAUGCCGGAGUGAUUGCGUUUUGCUUUGGGAAAGGCUCGGAUCCGCUAAUUGGACACCAUAAUAGGACGUCGCCCGGACCUAGCGACGAUGACUCCGAGGCUGCAUGGAAGACGUUGCGUGUAGUAGAGCUCAUCCAGGAAUGCGCUCGCCUUGUAGGCGGAUUGCUCACUGCCGGAAGUUCAAAGUAGGCCGGUCAAUGUAGGCAGUCGUCGUUGGUUAUGAA